AUGGACUGGGACUUGUUCCUUCUCGCCCGCGAUCUUAACGAUUUCCUUGAAGAUCCUACAAAUGAGAGCAUCUUCGCCCACGUCAAGUUCGAGGCCGCUAGGGGAUACAUCAUUGAGAUCCCGGCCGAAUUGUUUAGGUGGAGACUUGAACAUGACUGCAAGCUCGUUGUCGUCGUCGCGGAAAGCAAAAAGGCAAUGAUGGACAAGAGCCUGAUGCCUAAAGUCGGCACAACCGUACGGGAAGCUUUAAGUACUGGACACCCAGUCAGAUCGGAUGUGGUAGUCUAUACGUACAGCGAGCUUUUCACUCUUCUCAAGAGCUUUCGAGACCAGAAUUUCUGGAACCAAGCUUCCCAGUUCUUCUGCUUUCCGUUCACAACGUUCUUGAUGGAUGUGGACCCUGGUUUCAGUGCGGAAUUUGUCCUGGCACUGAACGCUGCGACCAUCUUCACCAACACAUUCAACCAGCAGAACCCAGGCACCACUAUGAGGCUGAUAACCAUGUCGCCUGAGCCCAUCCACCCAUUCAUCUUGAAACUGUUCCAGCGAUUUCACUCCGUCCGGUUCUAUGAAAUACCCCCUAUUGAAGACAACUACGCCCCCCAGCAUGUUGAUUCGCGGAACAUGAAGAAAGCACUGCGUAACAUCAGGGAGUGGAUCGAGCGACAUGGCAGAAAUCAGAAGAAUACCAUCAUCACGUUCUGCGGUGCGGAUCUUAUGCCUGAUGAAUGGCGCGGAGACCCGUUCAUCGAAAACUUCAGACAGAUUCAAGUAAUCCACGCCGGGAUUCUAGGCAUCAUCCAGUCCAGCAAUGAGAAUAUGCUGAUUUCCUUUCCCGAGACCUUUGAGACCGACUUCAAACUUGAGUAUUCUGGAAGUGUACACAUAGUAGGGAGUCCUGUACGGAAACGACGUAUCUUGGAUCGGCAGACUGGUCACGAAGUUGAAGCCACACUUGUGCUGUCGAAGCGAGAGCGCGAAGCCCAGAUAUCCGCGGCAUCGUGGUUCUACAUCGAUGACAGGUUUGUGCGAUUCUAUGCACCCUAUGAUUACGUUACGUCUCCCGACGUCGACUUUCCUCGUCGCAUGAAGUUUGCCUGUGAGCAGAUCGAAGGAUUUGUCGCGGCAUGGACGGAUCUAGGAAACUGGCCUGAUGAAACGUUUGACAUUCUUAGCCAUGUCUUGAAUGUCGAGAACGCGAUGGCUACCGACAUUGCUCUCCCUCCUAACACAGUCCCUUCUGCCACAGCUGAUGGGGAUAGCAUUGAUUAUUAUAAUAUCAACUCUGCUCUCGAUCGAACCCAGCAACGCUUGCAGCUCCAAGGCCUCAUCGGGCUCAAUUAUACAUUUGGUACAGCUAUCCCUGCCAACCGUGAGAGGUUCUUCCACGACCUGAACCAGGUUACAAACUACAAUGGCAAGGCCGCAUAUGCCACAGCACUUGAAUCGGCGCCAAAACUCAGUCAGCUCAAGAUGCACCUGCUUGCGGCUCUUUGGGUCGGUAUGAAGCGACUCAUCCAAGUCGACUGGCGAGACAACGACAGAAAUGUCAGCCGGGAGGUUGACAGCCUUAUUGGCUUCAGCAGUACCGCCACUAUUGCUAAAUACGGUACGCUGUGGUCCAAGCUGGGCUUGAUGGAGGCCCUCUGGGCGAAGCACGCAUCAGGAUUUUGUCCCGAUAGCACUGCUUCACAGAUCAUUGAUGGCCGCAUCUCAGCCUCUACGUUCGCGAGGUCAAUGUGGAUGAGUUAUAGGCAAAACAUAUCCGCUUUGGCAGCCCGUGAAGGUGUUGCAAUGCCUUCUGUCGAUGGCUUCUUCCUCAGAGACUUCGAAAUCAGGGAAGAUGAUUACGACCAGCUGUGUCGGGACUUCAUCAAGGCGUACUCGAACCAGAUCGGAAUAGUCACGAUGAAACGCGGCGAUGUUUUGCACAUAAAAGACUUUGCAUCUGGAGAACGGCUCGAUUGCACGGCCGAUGUUCUGAAUCUGGUCGAUUGGGCAUACAUCGCUGAGAAGGAGACAGACUCGCGUUUCCUUGGGUUCUAUACCACAGCAUCUCGAGUCUCACAGAGGACUAGAACCGAGAUCUCUGACUGGAACUGGAUCCCCGCUGGGCUCUGGGCAGACUGGAACCAGGAGGUGCAGGGGGGGACAGAAGCUUUCAAGACGCACGGGGCCGCUAGCCCUUCACGUCGGGUUCACAAGUCUCACCGGAAUCCCGACGAAGUUCCGAAAUGA